UCGCCCCUCCCCCCGAGCCGCUGGUUGGUUAAGUGCAAAGAUGGCGUCCAUCAUGGAAGGGCCGCUGAGCAAGUGGACUAACCUGAUGAAGGGUUGGCAGUAUCGGUGGUUUGUCCUGGAUUAUAACGCGGGACUGCUGUCGUAUUACACCUCGAAAGACAAGAUGAUGCGUGGGUCCAGAAGAGGCUGUGUCAGACUGAGGGGAGCAGUGAUCGGCAUCGAUGACGAGGACGACAGCACUUUCACCAUCACUGUAGACCAAAAGACUUUCCAUUUUCAAGCCCGAGAUGCUGAUGAGCGAGAGAAGUGGAUUCACGCCUUAGAGGGAACGAUUCUGCGCCACGCCCUUCAGCUACGGGAGGCUGAGACUGCGUUCGUACCGAGCGUUCAAGACUUCGACAAAAAGCUUGCCGAGGCGGAUGCAUACCUGCAGAUUCUAAUUGACCAGUUAAAGCUCUUUGAUGAAAAGAUAAAAGACUGCAAAGAUGACGAAGCACGCAGAAAAAUCGAGAACCUGAAAGAAACAACGUGUAGCAUGGUAGAGUCUAUCAAGCACUGUAUAGUUCUACUUCAGAUUGCCAAGGAUCAAAGUAAUGAACAGCAACACGCAAACGGACUGAUAAGCACCAUAAACCCAGUGGAUGGAGUUUACCAGCCAAGCCCCCUGGACGCCUCUGUAGUCAGUGCCAUUGCCAUGCCAACGCAGACCACCCUCCCCACAGAUGGAGCUCAGGCGUGCAAAGCGGAACAGAGGCCUUCUUCUCUACCUGUGGGUCCUGUUGUCACGCUGAUGGGCAGUCUUCAGACACCCACUCCCAACAGCACGGGGAGUGGUCCCUCCGCCCCUAGCAGCAGUGUGACUUCACCCAGUCACAUGAACGUGCCACCUCACUCUGUCCCAGAUUUUUCCUACUCCAGCAGUGAGGACGAGUUUUAUGAUGCUGAUGAAUUUUACCAGAGUAACACUUCCCCGAAACACUGCAUAGACCCCUCCAGAACUCCUGCUGCUAACAGCGAGGUAAACGCAGCCCUCAAACGGCCUGACACCAAUGAAUCAAUCAACUCCUCCAUGUCCAAUGGCACCACUGAUGCAGAUCAGUUUGACAGUCAUGAUGAGAGGGAUGACGACGGAGAGGGAGAGUCAGUGGAGGAGCAUAAGAGCGUCAUCAUGCAUCUGCUGUCCCAAGUGCGACUGGGCAUGGACCUGACCAAGGUGGUCUUACCUACAUUCAUCUUGGAGAGGAGGUCGUUAUUGGAAAUGUAUGCAGACUUCUUUGCACAUCCUGAUUUGUUUGUCAGCAUUGCAGAGCAGCCAGAGCCUAGGGAGCGCAUGGUGCAGGUAGUAAGGUGGUAUCUCUCAGCCUUUCAUGCUGGCCGGAAAGGAUCUGUGGCCAAGAAGCCCUACAACCCCAUCUUGGGAGAGGUGUUCUUCUGCCACUGGGACCUGCCCUCUGAAACGGAAGAGCCUGCUUCUGGGGAGCCUGUGUCGGAAGGGCCAGUGCCAUUGUGUAGCAGGAACAGUGUGUCGUUUGUAGCGGAGCAGGUUUCUCACCAUCCCCCUAUAUCUGCAUUCUAUGCUGAGUGUAUCAGCAAAAAAAUCCAGUUCAACGCACACAUCUGGACCAAAUCCAAGUUCCUUGGAAUGUCCAUUGGUGUACACAAUAUCGGCCAAGGUUGUGUGUCUUGUCUAGAGCAUGAUGAACACUACAUUCUCACAUUCCCCAAUGGCUAUGGCAGGUCAAUCCUGACUGUACCGUGGGUAGAACUUGGUGGAGAGUGCAAUAUUUCCUGCUCCAAGUCUGGCUACAGCGCCAACAUAGUGUUCCACACCAAACCCUUCUAUGGGGGGAAGAAGCACAGAAUAACCGCAGAUAUUUUUGGCCCCAGUGAUAAGAAAUCAUUCUGCUCUGUUGAAGGAGAAUGGAAUGGAGUGAUGUAUGCAAAAUGGGCAUCUGGGGAAAACUCUGUGUUCAUUGACACAAAGAAAAUGGGCAUUAUCAAGAAAAAGGUGCGCAAGUUGGAGGACCAAUUAGAAUAUGAAUCCCGGAAUCUCUGGAAAGAUGUGACACUGAACCUGAAGCUGAAGGACAUUGAAGCAGCCACAGAGGCCAAACACCGUCUGGAGGAAAAACAGAGGGCCGAGGCCAGAGAGAGGAAGGAGAAGGAAAAUCAGUGGGAGACUAGACUGUUCCAUGAGGAUGGCGAAUGCUGGGUUUAUGAUGAACCGCUCCUGAAGAGAAUGGCAUCGCUACGGCACUAAUACAGUCUCUUUUGAAGUUUCAGAGUCUGGGAAAAGAACUCUUUUACAAUUCACCUUUCAUUUAAAGCCUUGGUAUGACUGAUGAAUGGACAUUUACACAGCUUUACAUUUUCAAAAUGAAUGAUAAGAACUAGAAAAAAAGAACUAUAUAUGAAUAAAUAUCAAAUACAAAUUACUCCUGUCUCGCCAACUUCACCACUUUCACCUCUCCACCGACCCUGCAAGAAGGAAAAUAAAAACACCAUCACAGAAAAACACUGAGGUAGUUAGUGGCUCCUUAGCAACCCAAACAAAUGCUUUUGUUCUGGGUCGUUCCCACAGGCUUUCACUCUCCCGCUUGGGGAGAUGGGUGGGGCAAAGGAGUUGUCGGGGAGAGAGAGGGUCAAGAUGUUUCAAUCGAACAAACUCUGAAAACAACAGCAUUCUGUAUCUCAGGGAAUCAGGUGACUGAGGAUUGAAGGCUGUAUCUUCUGAUGUUCGAAAGGCCUUAAAGGUGGAUCUGCAACAUGGGAGAUAACUUGGCUUGCCUACAGCUAGCUACAGAUAUUUAUAUGUAGAACCUAUGAUUAUAUAUGUAUAUGUAUUCUCCUUUUUUCAUCAGUAACUUGGGCAAUAGUAAUGAUUUGACAAUAUGAACUUGGAAAAAAAAAAUCAACAUCCCAACAACCAUUCCAUUUAUUUCCUCUUUGUCACCCAUUAAACAGAAGAAGAAUCACACUCUUCUCCUUUGUCAGUACAAUUUGCAUCAGAUCACGCCUACCUGCCGCAAGAAGACUAGUGAAAAUCGAAAUGAGGGGGGGAAUCUGAAUGAAGAAAGCGUGAUACAUUACUGCUAGAGGUGGUGGUCCAUUCCAGUUCAGAUGACACUUUCUUUGUUUGUUUCUUUGGGUGUAAUUUGAUCACAUGCUGUUACGACCCUGAUAGGGCUCUAAAGCGCUACAUCUGAAGUCGAGGUAUGACUCUACAGUACAAAUUCACUCCAAAGUGGAGUUCAAAUAAAUUCUAAAAGUAGAACUGGUCAGUAGGAAUAGCAAUGCAUAAUGCGACAGUGUGCCAUGUAUUUACUGAAUGGUUAUCGUCUUAUUAAAAGCCCCACAAUAAAGCUCUCUCUCUUGCGCGCUCUCUCUCUUGCUCUGUCUGUAUUUCCUUCUUUCUUUGUCUUUACAAUUGAAUUAGACAAAGCAGCCAUGUAUUGAACAUUCAUUAAAAAAAGAAUUUUCGCCCAUAGAGUUUUUUCACUGUAAGACUUCCACAGGUAUAAUUCAGAUCUGCUUGUCUAACAGUAAAGAUGUAGUAAACCUUUAGGAUCCAGUCUUGGAGUGGACUCUUGGUGAUUACCUGGGCACAAUGGUGUCAAAGAGGACAAACAUUGUAAAUUAAAGUGAACUUUCAAUGUUUACUGUCUUAAGUGGGGUUAUAUAAGCGAGAACUGACUGAUUCCAAAGCCACUUUUUCAUGUUGUUUGUAAAUUUAUCUGAAAUUGAGGCCUUGUCAUAUACAUACAUUUCACGCAUCAUGCAGUGUUUCUUUGCAAAUCAGUCCAAACAGCAUCCCACCCCCCGACAUAAUAUUGAUUGUACCAUUUUCUUGUUUAUUAAUGCAUAAUAUUAAAUUUCAAUGAGACCA